GCCUGUAGGACAAGGUCUCAACAAACCUGAUGGGGUCGCACUCCUAAACAUAAAAGUUUUUGACAAGAAGACUGGUCAGAGCUAAACCGAUGGGUCAAGAGUUGACAAGUACAUAGAGAUGCUCAAUAGAAAGGCAGAGGAUCAAGGUGCCGAGUUCAUGUCUUAUGACCCACUCAAAGGAGAAUGGAAGUUCAGGGAUAAACAUUUCAACAAAUAUUGUCUUCGCGACGAUGAAUGAAUCUGAUGAGAAGCCAGAGGAAACAUUUACACUAUGCUUUAUUGCAUAAUUUGUGUUGUUAAUUAGUCUUAAAAAGUUAAUAAACCCUAAUUUUAUUGUCAUUGUUUUGAAGUAAUUCAAAUUGGGAUUACACAAUUAAAGUGUUGAUAAUCACAAAAAGGACGAUAUAUUGAUAUUUAUCAUCAAGAUUUUAUUCUCUAUAUUUUGUGAAAAUGAGCAAUUUCAUGUGUGUCCAACAUUCAUCUUCACACACUAUGACCUUAUGAAAAUGGAAUAACGUAUAUUGGGACUAGACGACUUGCAGGUAAAAAACAACAGCAAGCAGUGGAGAAUUUGCAAUCGUUAUGUUGAAGGCUUUGACCAUCACUGCAAGAGCUGGGCUAGGCCAGCAACACGGUGGCUUGCUGGAUUUGGGAUUUGCUUUGGUCUCUGGUUACCGCGAGUAUACUAUGAAUGUGCCUGAUAUUGUUUGUAGUCUAGGUUCUAUUUGGGAAGGCUGCAUAUGCAUAUCUGCAGUGAAGUCAAUGGAUGAGCAAAAGAUAGAAAUGAAGUUGAUGGACCGUGAAGCUACAGUUUCCUCCUAUGUAGGUGGUUCAUAAAGCCUCAAAUAUGGUUGGUAGAGAAGGCAUCCCUCUUCAGGAAGGAUCAGAAAAGGUGCUCUCUUAGUAUGAAAGGGAUAGAAGAAGAGUUCGAGAGCUGAUUCCAUUUCAAGCUUCUCAGGGUAUUUCUUCAGGUAGACCUAAUUUUAGUACUACCUACUCUGAGAGAAAAUUUGAUUGUUGAUAAUCCAAAAUACCUCAAUGACAUUGAGAUCUGCGGGGAAAUCAACAUGUCCUAAAAUAGAUUUGCGAUGACAGA